AUGCUGCCCGAUUUGAGAACGCGCACACUAGCGCUGGCGCAGGCGCUCUAUAAGGUUUCGCCCCCUUCUAUAUACCCUGUGGGGAACGCCCAGUCUCUACUAGUAGCGGGCAUAGCCUAUCUUCGUUCGUCGCACCGUAAAAUGUCCGUUGGAGGUGGUCCCGAUUUCGACCUGGUAUCAGUCCAACUCCAGUGCCCUGUGAAGCUCACCGACCGUCCUGAACUAGGGAGGGGUUCGUAUGGCGUGGUACUAGAGGCGGUGAUUCCUGGGGCGGUUUGCGCUGUGAAAAGGGUACACGAUGUGUUUUCAAGGCAGGAUAGAGACUGGCAGAGCCCCGAACUAAUACAGGAUAAGUUUCUCCGAGAGUGUAAAGUGAUAAGCCGCUUGCGCCAUCCGCACAUUGUGCAAUUUCUCGGAGUGUGCGAGAUUGUCGUCCGAGGCACCCCUACCCUCGGUCUGGCAACAGAGAAGCUUUUUAUCGAUCUGCAUUCUAUGCUCGACCAGUCACCCACAAGUAUUCCACUUGGUCUCAAAUUCUCCAUCCUUCACGAUGUAGCUUCGGGUCUUCAUUUCCUUCAUGCUCAGACUCCUCCCAUCAUUCACCGUGAUCUUACCGCACCAAAUGUCCUCCUCAAUUCAGCGAUGGUCGCCAAGAUAGCCGAUCUCGGCAUGGCCCGCCUCAUUCCUGAUGGAGAAAAUCAACUAACCAGGAGGCCAGGAAAUCCAUCCUACAUGCCCCCUGAAUCAGAAGGAAAAACGUAUGAGAAAUCCCUUGAUAUGUUCUCCUUUGGUGUUUUGGCCCUUUUCACUUUGAUACAAAAGUUUCCUGAGCCUUUACCCGUAAAAUCAACCGAGGAGGGGGAGCCUGUUUUCCGCUCUGAAGUAAAGCGUCGAGACCCCUUCCUAAAGGAGUUGCGUGAGGUGGUGAAGGGUCAUGAGAGUCUGAUUGAAGCAGUAGAGCAGUGCCUUCAUGACAUCGCUACGAAAAGGCCUGAAGUCAAAGCCAUGCUGGCUCUCUUGCAGUCUGCAAAAACAGAGACUUCGACAGAACACCUUGAAAUGAGUAAACUUGACUUAGUCCGAGCCAUUGAGAAAGAGCGAGAAGAUAACAAACAGGAGCAACGCAAUGUCAGGAGAGAGUGUGAUGAAGCCAAAAUAGAGCGAGAAAAUAUCAGAGAGGAGCUAAAGAGGAUGCAGGAGGAGCACAGGAGGGAGCUGGAAGAUCUCAAGAGAGAGCAGGGAGACAAGCACAAGAAGGAACUGGAAGAUCUCAAGAGGAAACAGGUAGAAAAGCUCAAGAGAGAGCAAAAGCAGCAUCAAGUGCAGAUGGAAAAAAAGGAACUAGCAACCCAGUUGCUGGUAAAAGAAAAAGAAGAGCUCCAGCUAAUCAUGAACGAUCACAGAAUCGAGAUGAUGAGAAGGUAA